AAAGCAAUGAGUCACAGAAAAUCCUUGGAAACACCAAAUAAUUAAGGUGGCAAUCCUGAUGUUUUACAUUUUAUUCGCCUACACAUUUUAACUUGAUUUCAGUAUAAGCAGACUUUACAAUGGUGCAUUGAGCCUGAAAUUCAGUCAGAUUCCUGCAAGCAAAUCUGAACAUGUAAAGGAUCAUGGCUGAAACUGCAGUUUGCCUGGGAACAUUCUCUGCUGUGAAGACACUCUGGGAAGUGAGAAUACACAAGAUAAAUGAAGAAUUACAGAAAGAAAAGGAAUUCAGGCAGAGGUCUGCAGGAAGGCUACUGCUUGUCUGGGAGGAGAGAGCUGCUUUAGCAAAGCUCAAAGAAAAAGUUAUUAAUGAAGGUGGAAGAGCAAUUUUAAGGAUAGAGGAAGAAGAAUGGAAGACAUUACCUUCAUGCUUAUUGAAACUAAUCCAUCUCCAGGAAUGGCAGCUUCACAGAACUAGUUUGCAGAAAAUUCCUCAGUUUAUUGGAAGAUUUCACAGCCUUGUUGUUCUGGAUCUAUCCCGGAACUCAAUUGAAAGUGUACCUAAAGAAAUUGGCCAGCUGACCAGCCUCCAAGAGCUGCUUCUCAGUUACAACAGAAUAAAAUCUAUUCCUAAGGAAAUAAGUAACUGCAUCAGUCUGGAAAGAUUGGAACUGGCUGUCAACAGAAGUAUCUGUGAUCUUCCUCCUCAGCUCAGUGAUUUAAAGAAGCUGUCACACAUAGAUUUGUGCAUGAAUCAGUUUACUGCCAUCCCUUCAGCUCUCCUCAACAUGCCAAAUCUAGAAUGGUUAGAUAUGGGGGGAAACAAACUCCAGGAGCUUCCUGAUGCAAUUGACAGAAUGGAAAACCUCCACACUUUAUGGCUCCAAAGGAAUGAAAUAAACUCUUUGCCAGAAACCAUUGGUAAUAUGAAAAAUCUUAGUACUCUUGUUCUUAGCAACAACAAACUUAAGGAUAUUCCAGCUUGUAUGAAGGACAUGACAAAUCUGAGAUUUGUCAACUUCAGAGACAACCCACUGGAGCUAGAGGUAACACUCCCUCCGUGUGAGAACACAGACGAGGAGGAGCAACAGGAAAUGUUUGGCAUUGACUUCAUGCACAUGUAUAUCCAGGAAUCACUCAAGAAAGCAGGAAAUGUGGAAAGUUGUACUUCUGAUUCUCCUCCUGUCAUGAAUCCUAAUGAAUAAAGAAUGUAACUGUGAAUGGAAGAAAAUAU